CACUCACCAUGCCAGCACCGUUUGCAAAUAUUGCGCAAGUCCCGUUAUAAAUACUAGCUUCGAGCACGUCAACUUGGUUUGUCAAAGUUAGCUGAAAUGUUGUCGUUGGUUUCGCUAGUUUUAGUGGCGGUGACUUGUGUGGAUUCCUACAAAGUGGGGAUUAUCCACAUGCACGGUGUGGUGGAGGGCUACUACGAGCACAACAACUUCAAAAAGUUUAUCGAGAGGAAUACCGGUAUCCCAGUUCAUCUUCUUGAUGCGUACAACUACGCGGCGAGUAUUACUCCCAUGCAGUACCAAGUACCGGACAUCCUUCCUCGAGUGAAGAAGAUCGCCGCCCAAUACGACAAAGUCAUAGCUGUAGGAUACUCCCAAGGAGGGUUGAUCUGGAGGGCUAUGAUAGAAGAGUGGGAUGAUCACAAUGUUGAGCUGUUCAUCUCGCUAGCUUCUCCUCAACAUGGUGUUUAUGGAGCACCACCAUUGGCAGAAACUUUCGUUCCCUUCCUUCAUUGGUACUCAAGAACAACAAUCUACAAGGUGCUUUACACAUUCUUCGGGCAGACCUUCUCGAUGUUUAACUACUACCUAGAUCCCACUCACUACAAUAUGUACCUUGAAGAAGUAGCCUUCUUCCCUGAACUUAACAAUGAGCUCUCGAGUAUCAGUCCUGAGGAGAAAGAAAGAAAGAAAAUGAACUUUCUGAAGCUUAAGAAGUUAGCUCUUAUUGGAGGGGAGUCCGAGGAUGUAAUCGACCCCUGGCAAUCAACGAUGUUUGGGUCCUACACUGAUGAAGGUUUUGAUGGAGAAGUAAUCCCAAUGGAGGAAACAAAGAUGUACAGAGACAAUCUGUUCGGACUGAGGACACUGGACGAGCGGGGUGGCAUAGUAAAGUGUAAAUAUGACGGUCUUACUCACCUGCAGUUCAGAGACAAUCAAGGAAUGCUGACGACCUGUAUUCUGCCUUUACUUCAGCCUUACUUCACUGACAAGAGUGUCGUUUAGAUUUUUAAUUUUAAUUUUUGAUCUGAA